UUGUUUUGAGCUGCUUUUUCCUGUCCGGGCCGCGGUGCGUGUCGGGAGCCGUGAGGAUCUACCGGUGUUGGUGGAGGCGCUGGCCGCCAUGUUGGGCGCUUUGUGUAGUUAUAAAUAAGGAGCGGCUGGCUGGCCGGCUGCAUGUAUUGAAUGGUCGCUUGGACGCUGUAGCUCGUGGGUGCUGAGCGUUUUGGGAGUAAUUCGUUUCUUGGCCCUGUUUUAUGAGAACUGAGCGGAUCCAGUGAGCCAUGCGAGAGAUGUUUCCGAGCUCUGUGCUGGAUGUCCAGCCCCUGAAGCAGUAUGGCAUCACUUCAGCAAUUAGUUGUGCUGGUCCCAAAGAAAUUGAUCAUAUCUACACGCAGAAGUUGAUCGAAGCAAUGAGGCCUUUUGGUGUAUUCGAAGAUGGUGAAGAGCUCAGACACAGGAUGGUUGUUUUGGGCAAAUUAAAUGAUCUGGUCAAAGAAUGGAUUGCUGAUCUUGGGGAAAGCAAGAGUCUUCCUCCUGUUGUCAUAUCUGCUGUCGGUGGUAAAAUCUUUACCUUUGGUUCCUACCGGCUUGGGGUACAUACAAAAGGGGCUGAUAUUGAUGCCCUCUGUGUUUCUCCACGACAUGUUGACCGUGCAGAUUUUUUCCAAUCAUUUGUUGAGAAGUUGAAGCAUGUGGAUGGAGUAAAAAAUCUGAGGGCUGUGGAAGAUGCCUAUGUACCAGUUAUAAAGUUUGAGUUCCUGAAUAUUGAGAUUGAUCUGGUUUUUGCCCGACUGCCCUUGCAGUGUAUUCCAGAUAAUUUGGAUUUACGAGAUGAUUCACGCCUGAGGAAUUUGGACAUUCGAUGUAUAAGAAGUUUAAAUGGUUGCAGGGUCACAGAUGAAAUUCUCCAUUUAGUACCAAAUACAGAGAACUUCAGACUUACCCUAAGAGCAGUCAAACUGUGGGCAAAAAGGCGUGGUAUUUACUCUAAUAUGUUGGGGUUUCUUGGAGGAGUUUCCUGGGCCAUGUUGGUUGCUCGGACAUGUCAGCUGUACCCAAAUGCAGUGGCAGCAACUCUUGUACACAAGUUCUUCCUUGUUUUUUCAAAGUGGGAAUGGCCAAAACCUGUCUUAUUAAAACAGCCGGAAGAUAGUAAUCUGAAUUUACCAGUUUGGGACCCAAGAGUCAACCCAGCUGACCGUUAUCACUUAAUGCCUAUAAUAACCCCAGCGUAUCCUCAGCAAAACUCUACAUACAACGCAUCCAUCUCAACACGCACCGUUAUGAUGGAGGAGUUUAAACAAGGUCUUUUAGUUACUGAUGAAAUUCUGCGUGGAAAGGCAGACUGGUCAAAGCUGUUUGAACCCCCAAACUUUUUCCAGAAGUACAAACAUUAUAUUGUCUUAACUGCUAGUGCAUCCACUGAAGAGCAUCAUCUUGAAUGGGUUGGUUUGGUGGAAUCGAAAAUCCGUGUACUGGUUGGGAACUUGGAAAGAAAUGAGUAUAUUACUCUUGCACAUGUAAACCCACAAUCCUUUCCAGCGAAUAAUGACAAUGAAUAUAUAUCCAUGUGGUUCCUUGGGAUUAUUUUUAAAAAGGUGGAGAACGCUGAAAGUGUUAAUAUAGAUUUAACACACGAUAUUCAGUUAUUUACUGACACUGUAUAUAGGCAGGCAAAUAAUAUAAACAUGCUGAAGAAGGGAAUGAAGAUCGAAGCAACCCAUGUUAAGAAGAAGCAGCUCCACUAUUACCUUCCUGCAGAAAUGCUCCAAAAGAGAAAAAAGCAAAGUAUUCCAGAUAUCAGCAGGUCGACUUCUGGAUUAUUGUCUAAAAGGUCAUCUUUGGAUGGAAAUUACUUGGACAGUUCUAGAGACACUGACACUGGGACACCUUGUGAUUCCCCUUCCUCGUGUAACAAUGUUUCCAAAUCUUCUAGUCCCCCUGUACCAGAAGCACGGAGGAGAGCUAUGGCAGAGAACAUAUCUUCAGGUCUGUUCCAAAGUAACCAUAAGCCAGCAGACAUGCCCUCACAGAUUGCUCAAGGAUUGUCAAUUCCUGGUAUUGGAUUAAUGUCUGAUUCUGCUGCAACAAAUAAUCCUGAAGUCCAAUCUGGUUGCACCAUUCCAACAGUAGUAGGGUUAAAUGUUAUUCCACGUCUUCCAUCUCCUCCCAGACAUUCUCAGGGUCAGACUCUCCAGAAUGACUCAACAAGCCUUAGCCCAAAAAGUGCUGCUGCCAAAAGGGCUCAUCCACCUACUUUGGAAGAGUCUCCCAAAAGGGUAAAAGACACUGAAAAGGAGAGAGCUAUUGCAGAACCUAUGCCUAUCCCUACAAUAGACCGUGCUAGAUCACAGCGCCUACCCAGUAAAGAGCUGCCAGAUGCUUCUUCUCCAGUGCCAACAAAUAAUAUCCGUGUCAUUAAAAACUCUAUCAGGCUAACUCUAAACCGGUAACCACAGCGCUACUUCAGGUAUAAAAUGUCAGGCAAUAAUAAUUCUGCUCACUGUUUGUUUUAGACUGCAUGUGUUGCUAGAUCUCAACAUGUCUACAUUUCAAACUUGGUGCUGUAUCAAUCUUACUGCUGAUAAUAUCCAUUUCCUAGAGUAUACUCUGCUGAUCUAGGAAACAUCCAGCUUUUUUUUUUUUUUUUACUUUUGUGUGACUUUAUUUGUAAAAUCUAAAAAAAAAUUUAAAAAACAAAAAAACAAACAAAACCUCUUUAUAUGGACUUGUGUAAUGCUAUGAAAUGUUCUCAUUCAUUGUAUUUGAAAUCUGUUUAAAAUUGCAACAAAAAAAUCAGUAUUUGUGUGUCUAAGUUUUGAAAGUUGUUUGUUAUUGUAUAUUGUAAAUUUUUUUUUCCCCCUCUUCUACUUGUAUCUUAAUGGUAAAGACCAGUGAUGGCUAAAAUUUGGCAUGCCUGCUUUGUAUAUCCAGGUUCUCACGAGUCUCACAGCCCCAGGGCUUACUGAGCAUAGUGGGUAAUACGGUGCCACAAAAUGCCCAUGCCAAACGUUAGCCCUUGAUUCAAACACUUUGCUUUAACCUGCCAGCCCUUUCUCAGAAUAGAUUACCCGACUACAGGUUGGCUUGUCUGUCCUUGGCAUGUUUAAUGUUGCACACAAUUCUGCUAUAAACUCGGUGCAACAGUUUUCCUUAAGACCAAGAAAACGUUUAUUUAGAUGUCUCCUGUGGAGGCUCACAAGAAAAUACAUUAGUAUUACCACAGAGACCCCAAUGAUCACCCAUCCCUUUACGAAGAGUAAUUUAUGUUAAUGUGCUACUUUAAAUUUAACAUCCCUCCAGUUCGGUGAAAGCCAACUCUGAUUUUCAACUGCCCUUCCACCCCCUCCCGUCUUUUUUUUAAUAUUUGCAAAACUGGAAAAGCAUCACCGAAAAAAGAUUGGUGUCUACAAAGAAGCUAUCUGCACCAAGAAGGUAUACAGAAGCAAUCCGCUGUCUUUUUUUUUUUUUUUUUUUUUCUUCCCUUUCUAUUUUCAAUGGCAAAGCCUCUUCUGAAGCAUCCGGACAUUAAGGGAAAUUUUUUUUUUUUUUUUUUUUUUUUUUUUGCCUCUAUCCUCUUAUGUUUGUAUACCCUUGGUGCCCAGCUUCUAUUUGUAGUUAAACUUCCAUCAACAUCAGACAACCAUUACAGGAUAAGAUAAGAAUUGAGCGUUCAUAUGAGCUGAAGCCAAAGGCUUUGACAAUCUUUGCUGCAUACUAUACAAAUUGCCUCAGGAAUUUACUUACCUCGGCUUAUAAUUAGUAGUAUGUUAAUUAGUGCUUCAGUUCUGUUCAGGUUUUACAUUACAUUCAGAACCUUUGUAUAGAUCUCAACUGUUGUACUAUUCAAUGCAGUGUUUUGUAAAAUGAAUCGUAUGUAUGCUAUUUUUGUAUCAUGUAUAAAUUACCACCUUUUUCAAAAAAAGUAAUAAACCAAUCCUUUUU